CUGCGGGCACCGAGUCGUCUGGCAAGACUGCGGGCACCGAGUCGUUCUGGCAAGACUGCGGGCACCGAGUCGACUGGCGGAACAGCGGGGGGCACCGAGUCGACUGGCGGAACAGCGGGCACCGAGUCGACUGGCGGAACAGCGGGCACCGAUUCGUCUGGCAUGACAGUGGGCACCGGGUCAUCAGGUAUCGGAUUGUCUGGCUCGACAGCGGGCAUCGGGUCACCAGGCAUCAGGUCAUUUGGCUUGCCAGCGGGCACCGCGUCAUCUGGCAAGGCAGUGGGGCACCGGGUCACCAGGUAUGACAGCGGGCUCUGAGUCAAUUGGCACGACAGCGGGCACUGGAUCAGGUACCGGAUCAUCUGGAUCAACAGCGGGCAUCGAGUCAACUGGC